AUGAAUAAAUUACCUUCACCACCACCAACUUAUAAGAGAAGAAAUGGCCAGGAAGAGAAUAUAGAUCUAGGAGAACGAAAUAUUAAGAACAUUACAAAGGAAAACCAGAUUACCUCCGAGGCAGAAUGGCCGCAGUUUGUUCAUCCAGAAGGAGGAAUUAUCAAGAUAACACCAUGGGGAACUUUAAGACAGUAUAUUGACCCAGUGACACAGGAGACGAUUACCAAGUUUGAAGAUUGUAAUCUUGAAGAUUAUUCGUUUAAGCUGGAGAAUAUUGAGAAAAUAUAUCAAACGCCCGAUACACCCCAGUCAAUAUACCAGAAGAAUGGUGGGCGUGCGUUAAGGUUGAGUCCUGGUGAUGAUGCUGAAGGGUAUGUAAUUGAAGGAUAUAGAGAGCUUGGACAACAAGUAGAGAUUGUACAGGGAGAAGAAAACCGUCAGGGCGACCGCCAGGAAUAUUUCCAACCGGAACAUGAAAAUUACUUUGGAAUGAAUGAUGCUGGACAUGUAGAAGAAUUUGAUUUUAAUCAUGAAGAAGAUGAAGAAAUGCUGUAA